AUGUACAUAACCCCCAGUGUAGGUGUUGGACUUACCACGCAGUCGCCCAGGUUGGCGACCAGACAGGAUAUCCGGCUUGCCGCUCCCGUCUGCGCGACAACGGUCGACGAGUUUUCCGUCAAAAACUUCGGUUUCAGUAAAGUCCGUUGGAGUUGCGUGUCGUCCAGUGCGCUGCUCUGCGUCGCGUUCGAUACUUCCGUUGUGGCCACCGCUGUGGUCGAGUUGGACGUGUUCCGCGGAGGCGGCGCCGUGGAGGCACCUCGCACAGGAGCCAAAGGUUUUUCGGCUGGUUUGCCUCCAGUUUCCGGCACUGAGUUUUUUUUCCCAUCGCCUGAAACAAGACGAAAAUCAUUAUUGUUGAUAAUUCAUUAUAGCGAAAAAAUAUAUUGA